AUGCCCAAUCUUACCUCCACAUCUGAAUUCUUGCUCCUGGAAUUUUCAGAUAUCCAAGAACUACAGAUCUUAUAUUUCUUUGUGUUCUUAGCAGUAUAUGUGACUGCAGUGACUGGUAAUCUUCUCAUUAUCAUUGCUGUAGUGCUUGAUCAUCAUCUGCACACCCCCAUGUACUUCUUCCUCAUGAACCUGGCUGUCCUGGAUCUUGGCAUAGUUUCCAUCAUGGUACCCAAAGCGAUGGCCAAUUCCCUCCUGAACACCAGGUCCAUUUCUUAUUCUGGAUGUGUGGCUCAAGUAUUUUUCUACUUAUUAUUCGCAGGGUCAGAUUUAGCCAUCCUAACAAUAAUGGCACAUGAUCGGUAUGUUGCUAUCUGCAAUCCAUUGCAAUACGAGACAGUUAUGCAUAAUAGAGCCUGCAUUCAGAUGGCUGUAAGUGCAUGGUUUACCGGGAUAAUUUCUGCCACAUUGCACACCACUAGCACUUUUGCCAUUGCUUUCUGCUCCAAUAGGAUCAAUCAAUUUUUCUGUGAAAUUCCACAGUUAUUAAAACUAGCUUGCUCGGAUUUAUAUCUAGUUGAAGUGGGACUUCUUAUAUUUACCUGUAGCUUAGGUGGAGGAUGUUUUGUCUACAUCAUUAUAACUUACAUAAAGAUUUUUGCAGCAGUACUCAGGAUGCCUUCUGUGCAUGGGCAGAAAAAAGCGCUCUCCACUUGCAUUCCUCACCUUACUGUGGUGUCUCUGCUUGUAUUUAGUGGGAUCUUUGCCUAUGCAAGGCCUCCUGGUAACACUUCUUCUGAGCUGAAUGUAAUUUAUGCUAUGAUUUAUGCUGUAUUAUCUCCUUUGCUGAAUCCAUUCAUCUAUGGCAUGAGAAACAAAGAAAUCAAGGCUGCAUUGUUUAAACUUACUGAAUUUGGACAUUUUCCGAAAACCAGCUCCAGCAAAAUUCAUCUAGUAAAAUGGGGCUGA